CUGCUGCAGGGAACCUGGAACCCUCGGCCUGGCAUGGAGAGCCCGGGCUCCACCGCGCGGUGCCCGCUGCGAGAGCAGCGCGCUCGCUGGGAACGGAAACGCGCCUGCAGCGCCCGGGAGCUGCUGGAGACCGAGCGGCGCUACCACGAGCAGCUGGGGCUGGUGGCCACGUACUUCUUAGGGAUCCUGAAAGCCAAGGGCACCCUUCGGCCAGCAGAGCGCCAGGCACUGUUUGGGCCCUGGGAGUCCAUCUACGACGCGAGCUUACAGCUGCUUCCCUACCUUGAAGAAGGGCUCUGGGGGCAGGGACUAGGUGGCUUCUGCCUCCAUCUGGACCUCUACACCCAAUUUGCCGCCAACGCUGAGAGAUCCCGGACCACCCUUCAGGAGCAGCUGAAGAAGAACAAACGUUUCCGUAGGUUUGUACAGCUUCAGGAAAGCCGCCCUGAGUUUGGGGGACUUCAGCUCCAGGAUUUGCUGCCUCUACCUCUGCAGCGACUCCAGCAGUAUGAGCAUCUCGUCACUGCUUUGGCUGAAAACACAGGUCCCAACAACUCUGACUACCAACAGCUCUCGCGGGCUGCCCGUCUGAUAAGUGAAACUGCCCAGAAAGUCCAUGCCAUCGGCCAGGCACAGAAGAAUGACCAGCACCUCCUGCGUGUCCAGGCCCUACUCAGUGGGCGCCAGGCAAAGGGACUGACCUCAGGACGCUGGUUUCUGCGCCAGGGCUGGCUUUUGGUGGUGCCUCCCACAGGGGAGCCUCGGGCCCGCAUGUUCUUCCUCUUCUCUGAUGUACUCCUGAUGGCCAAGCCUCGACCCCCAUUGCAUCUGCUGAAGAGUGGCACCUUUGUCUGCAGGGCCCUCUAUCCCAUGGCUCAGUGUCAACUUUGUAAGGUCUUUGGCCAUUCAGGUGGCCCCUGUGGUGGACUGCUCAGUCUGUCCUUCCCCAAUGAGAAGCUACUGCUUAUGUCAACAGACCAAGAAGAGCUGUCACAUUGGUACCAUAGUCUGACUAUGGCUAUUAGAAGCCAGAAGAGAUAGAGGAAUCUUAGAAGUUCCAGAACUCAGGGAUAAGUCAGAGCCCGGAAGACAGAAAUCUUCAUCACUGGAACAAAGCACAGAACUUUGUGGUUUGAUAAGGAUCAUUCUGUGUUUGCCAAGCUGCAUCAGCCCCUGGGACACCGAGGGGAUUUUGGACUGAUAAGCUUAUGCCUUCUGUGCCCAGCUGUCUAUCGUUCAGCUUUGUAAAGGAUAUUUUUCUGUGGUGUA